AUGCCGAUUGAUACAAGGAAAAUCUACCCUCUUUCGGAAUACUCUUUCGUCGAACGAGAAUCUCAGCCCGAAGAAGAUAAUUCGGUCAAUACUCGACUCCACCGACUUGAAGAACAGUACAGUGAAACCGGUGUGAGAAGAUCCGUAGAAGCCAUCAUGUUGGUGACGGUCCACGGAUUUCCUCAUAUCUUGGUAUUGCAAGUGGCUAACGCCUUCUACAAGCUUCCAGGAGGAUAUCUUGAUCCUCUCGAAAGUGACUCAGCUGGUCUCAUAACGAAACUGAACGAACAACUUGGUGUUCCAUUCACAACUAAUCUCACACAAGAUAGUAAAUUCUCUGAAGCGAAAAGUAUCACUGUUCAUCCCUUUGGAGGUAAAGAAUUCCGCAAAAAUGGUGAUGGAAACUUAUGGGUCAGUCCACCAACUGGUGAUUGGAAAGUAGGUGAUUUGUUGAGUACUUGGUGGAGACCAAAAUAUGAUAAUUUCCUCUACCCAUACAUUCCUGCUCAGAAUGUAUACCCUAAGGAAUGUAAAAAACUCUAUCAUGUCGAACUUCCACCCAACAAAACAUUCGCUGUUCCGGUUAAUAUGAAACUUCAUGCCAUUCCGAUUUACGAAUUCUACGACAACGCUUCCAGGUAUGGGCCACAAUUCGCUGGAAUCCCUUUCAUCCUCAGCAGAUACGAUAUUUUCGAACAUUUGACUAAAGGUGUUGAAGAACAGAAUGGCAAGGAGUAG